CAUCUUAAAACAGCGAAUGGAGUUCUAAUCCGGCGGACCCGUCGACAUCCGCAAGGGUAUCCGUAAGCCCGUUACACAGCUCAGAUGACUUUCCAGCCUCUGAAUGAAGCGAUAUUCUUUAUUUUGCAAUCUGAUAGGCUUGGCUUAUUGCGAGACUAUUGUUUCUAGGAUCUGUACGUUUUGUCGUAUGUAUCGUAUCGGCGAACACACCUGGCUGCGCUUCCGCACCCACUUCCGCAAUAGUCGACACCGACAGCUUGGCACGGGCGGGGGCGCGGAUCAUCGACACUUUGCAUUAGAAAAUACCAACAUCGACCUUGAAAGCGUUUAGCGAGGUGCGGGGAGGUAAUGUGACUCUUCCACAUCAGCUCACUUUGCCCUUCUUUGCGGAGAUUGCGGUGCCGGCGAGGAUGGAUUAGUGGAAUGCCUCAAACGUUGACAUCGAGAUC